AGAAGCAGAGCCGGAGUGCGACAAGUCGAACAGGUUCUGCAUCAAAUCACGUUCACUUCCUCAACAAGCAGGGACAUACAAUUGACUGCUGACGAUGAUAGUUGGCUGAGCAUGGAGGUGAAAGUUUGCAUUACAGACAAAUCCAGCUGUCAAAAAUGUUUAGCCGUUUUUGUUUUUCUGGUGCUGCUUGUCAGCGUUCUACUGUCACAUUACUUGGACUUCAACUUCAAGGAUCAGUGGAGAUUCCCUGUCAUAAUGGUGGUCCAGGACCCUGACAGAAUGCAGGACAAUUCGGUUGUCCAAAUAAAUUUAACUGCUCCAUCAAACAUUGAGGAUUUCUGCGUGUUCCGGCCUCUUUCGCCUGAAAAUACUUUGGAAGAGCGCCUCCUUCUGGAAUCUACUGCUUGGCCAGAAACGCCUUCAGUGCCGGCAAAUUUUUAUCUAAGCAAAACCAGCAAUCCUCUGACCAGUAGCUUCAUCAUUCUACCCAAAGAUGGAGGGCAGCAGUGGCAUGUCGGUGAAGAGCUCACUGUCAUGAUCGAAAUGAAGGACUUCCAUGGCAACCCGAAAAAGACUGGAGGUGAUUUUAUUAUCGCACGAGUCCACAACCCAGAUCUACACGCUGGUGCCACUGGACGGAUUGUUGAUCAUCUCAACGGUUCCUACUCGGCUGUGUUUCCUUUACUCUGGUCUGGGCGAGCGGAUGUUGAGGUCACCUUAGUUCAUCCCAGCGAGGCCAUCACAGUCCUGGGCAGACUGACUAAAGAGCGUCCAGACAGAGUUCAGUUUGUUAGCUUAUUCAGCCAAGGUAAAGAAACAGAAACAGCCAUAUGCAAUGUUUGCCUGCGUCCAACUGAGGCACCCAUAUGUGACUUUACUGACGUCAAGACAAGAGAACCAUGGUUCUGCUACAAGCCCAAGAAGCUGGACUGUGACAGCAGAGUUAUCCACUCCAGGACCAACUUUAGGGUAACCUUCGGCCCCUAUGGGGGUCUUUUUCAGAGUAAAAUCAACAUGAAAGUUCCCAUUCCUCCCUCCGGAGGAGCAAGUGUAAAUGUUUUGCCACAAAUCAAAGACAUGAAAAGCAGGCCAGAGUUCAGCCAGCCUGGUUACUACUACAAGGGCGUGUGGCAAAGAUUGAGCGGCACACCAGUUCAUCAUUUCAACUCAUCUGUUUCCAUCAGUCACUGCCUGCAGAAUAAAAGGCUGUACUUCUACGGGGACUCCACUGUGAGGCAGUGGUAUGAAUAUUUAACGGGAAGAUUACCAAAUCUCCGGCCGUUUAACUUCAACAGUGUAGAAAAGGUUGGACCUUUCAUGUCCAUUGACUACAGAAGAAACACAAUGGUGAGCUUCCGGGUUCAUGGUCCACCGCUGCGUUUCACUCCACUUCCUGUCGCGGAGCUUCGCUAUAUUGCGAAUGAACUGGACGCGCUGGCCGGCGGAGCAGACACUGUUGUGAUUUUUGGCAUCUGGGCUCACUUCAGCACAUUUCCCAAUGAGAUCUACAUCCGAAGACUGCAGAGCAUCCGCGGCGCUGUGAUGCGACUGCUGAACAGAGCUCCAGACACUGUGGUGGUCAUCCGGACAGCAAACCUCAGAUAUUUAACUCCAGCUGUUGCGUGGACCAACAGCGACUUUUACACAUUUGAGCGGGACAAGAUCCUCAGGGCUGUGUUCAAGUGCGUGAAUGUCCGCUGGGUGGAUGCCUGGGACAUGACAUUGGCUCAUUAUCUUCCGCAUGCCAUCCAUCCCAAAUCCCCCAUCAUCAAGAAUAUGAUUGAUGUUCUCUUGUCCUACAUUUGCCCAAGACGGAUUUUCUAAAUUUCCUUGUUUGACAAUCGUUUGUUUUCAUGUUGGUCCACCAGAGCAGUGUUGUGUUAAAACAUCAAACAUCCGAGCUGUAAUUCAAAUAUGGUAACGCUAAAGAGCAGUAUAGGCUGUGGAGAGGUUUGUGGUCCGCAAGGUGUUUUGAUUCCUCUUCAUAGCAAUGCUUGGUUUGUUUUCAUGAACUCUCUCAAUGUCCACGCCAUGCAGGUCUAUGUGUGUGUGUUUUUUUUUUUUUUUAGAAUUUCCAAGGAAUAUUUUUUAACUUUUGUUUUGCGUAAACUAGAAUUAGAAUCUAUUGUAAUUAUGUUUGUCCAAUCCACCUUUCCCUCAGCAAACCUGCAAAUCCCCUCAAAUCCUCAAAAAAGAAUGUUUUUUUUUUUCAAUACCAUUCGUACUUUCAUCUCAACAUAAUCUGAACUGACUGUCACUCUGUAACUCGGGUCACUACUACGCGCUUGCUGAUCGACAUGAAGGUGCGAUGGUUUUGGACCCAAUACUGACCCCUGGAGGGUGACACAAACGAUGUCAGGCACCAAGACUGGUGAUGAAUGCAUUCUUGAAAUGUACCUGAAUGUUCCAAAGAAAGAAGCAAUAAAAACCUGAAA